AUGAAGGCUCUGGAGCACGACCAGAUCCAAUGGAGCAUGGUCAAGAAAUUCCUUCCCGCUGCUUUCGUCUUCUACAUGGCAAUUUUCACCAACACUACGCUUCUUAAAUACGCCAACGUGGACACAUUUAUCGUGUUCCGGUCGUCUACUCCCCUUCUCGUCGCCGUCGCCGAUUACCUCUUCAGGAAGCAGCCAUGGCCGGGGCCAUACACCUUCGGAGCUCUUUUCGUGAUUCUCGCCGGCGCGGUCGGUUACGUGGUUACAGACAGCCAGUUCACCGUUCGCGCGUACACCUGGGCUUUCGCCUACCUCUUCACAAUCACACUCGAAAUGGUGUACAUCAAGCAUAUCGUGAGCAGUCUCGGUCUGAACACCUGGGGUUUCGUCCUGUACAACAAUUUCCUCUCCCUUCUCAUGGCUCCUCUCUUCUGGAUGAUCACCGGCGAGUUUCAAGAGACAAUGAUUGCUACCACCGCUAUGGCCGACUGGAAAUUUGGCGUGGUUUUCCCCGUCCUGCUGUCCUGCGCGUUUGGACUCGCUAUUAGCUUCUUCGGAUUCGCCUGCAGAAAGGCGAUUUCAGCAACUGCUUUCACUGUGCUCGGAGUGACCAACAAGCUUCUGACCGUUGUCAUCAACGUGAUGAUCUGGGACAAGCACGCAUCCUCGUUUGGAGUCAUGUGCCUUCUCGUUACAAUCAUUGGAGGAGUGAUGUACCAGCAAUCUAACGUGAAGCAGAACUUCCGAACCGCUCCGGCUGCUACGGACGAGGAGGAGGCGAAACCCUUGACUCCUGCGAAUGAAGUGGACGACGGCCAAGAUGCUGAGCUCAAGCCCCUGAACGCCAAGUGA